CCAAAUCCUAGGUGAAGGGAAAGUCCAUCUCUUUCAUCCCGUGAACAUCUCCUGAAUUUCCUACCUUCUCCCGUCUGACAAUAUUCUCUGAUAUUGAAUAAUGUCGGUGUUCCGCGACGUCACCCAGGCGGUCCCCGUUGCUGUCUUCAAACUAUCUCAAGAUUUCAAUAAUGACCAGGAUCCCAACAAGGUGAACCUCGGAGUGGGAGCCUACAGGACGGACGAGGGGCUGCCCUGGGUUCUGCCCGUGGUGAAGAAGGUGGAGAAGGUGAUCGCCCACGAUGACCGCCUGAACCACGAGUACCUGCCCAUCCUGGGUCUGCCCGAGUUCAGGUCCUGGGCGUCUAAGAUCGCGCUGGGCGCCGCUAGCCCCGCAGUCCAGGAGGACAGGGUGGGAGCAGUUCAGUGUCUGGGGGGGACGGGGGCUUUGAAGAUCGGAGCCGAGUUCCUCCGGCGCUUCCACAACGGCAGCAACAACACCAAGACACCCGUCUACGUGUCCGCACCUACCUGGGAAAACCACAACGCAGUGUUUGCCAGCGCCGGCUUUGAGGACGUGCGUUCCUACAAGUACUGGGAUGCCCAGAACAGAGGCUUGGAUCUGGCUGGUUUCCUUGGUGACCUGGAGACGUGCCCAGAGCACUCCAUCUUUGUUCUGCAUGCAUGUGCCCACAACCCCACCGGCACCGACCCCACGCAGGAGCAGUGGAUGAAGAUCGCUGAGGUCAUGAUGAGGAGGAGGCUCUUCGUGUUCUUCGACUCGGCCUACCAGGGGUUCGCCUCAGGCGACCUGGACAAGGACGCCUGGGCCAUCCGCUACUUCGUCUCCAUGGGCUUCGAGAUGUUCUGCGCUCAGUCCUUCUCCAAGAACUUUGGCCUCUACAACGAGCGCGUGGGCAACCUGACCAUCGUGGCGCGCGACCCUGACAACCUGCAGCGCGUCCUGUCCCAGAUGGAGAAGAUCGUGCGGACCACCUGGUCCAACCCUCCGUCCCAGGGCGCCCGCCUGGUCGCCAUCACGCUCAGCGACCCGGGGCUCUUCGAGGACUGGAAGGCCAACGUGAAGACCAUGGCGGAUCGGGUGCUGCUGAUGCGGGCCCAGCUUCAGGCUAAGCUGCAGGCCCUGGGGACCCCGGGGACCUGGGGCCACAUCACCCAGCAGAUCGGCAUGUUCAGCUUCACCGGCCUCAACCCCAAACAGGUGGAGUACAUGGUCAAGGAGAGGCACGUGUACCUUAUGGCCAGCGGCCGCAUCAACAUGUGCGGCCUGACCACCAAGAACAUUGACUAUGUGGCCCAGUCCAUCCACGCCACGGUCACCAGCGUCCAGUAGAGGUUCUGCUCACCGGGGGGGGGAGGGGGGGAAUAAGCUCAUUUUAUGCCCCGGCGCUUUUUGCUAGGAUUUCAACUUGUAUUUGCUAUCAGCACACACUACUUCCCCACCGUUUGAUCCACCACUCCGGUCCAUUCCCAGAGGAGUUGACGGGCUCAUUGGUGCUUACCUUAGAAUUUAAUUAGGUUUUUAAUCUCUUAACACACACCCAAACACGCACACACCAAAGCACAUCAUAGAGAAGUGUUUGAGUACAAUAAGUCAGUAUGUCUGCUCCAGUCUGCAGCCUAUUGAUUCACAUUGUCGGGUGUUGAUCUUGUUUGGUCGUGUGUCAUCUCCAGGCAAUAUGUUGAACAUCAUGGCUGAAUGAACUUGUAUACUUAUUCAUCGCCGGAGAACAAACCGGGUGUUCAGCUUUGGCCGAACACAUCUCAGCUGUGGAGUUGGAUUGGGAGUUUGAAGGAAGAAUUAAAAAUGGACUUGAUCAUGGAUUGCCAUGACCUAGCUGUUGAGCAAUUGAUCAAAUCGGUAACACUAGAUUAUUAUUGUUGUUUAUUGUUUAUUGAAUGGAUCCCCAUUAGCCGACGCCGAAGCGGCAGCUAGUUUAUUAUAAAAUACAAUGUUGAUGUACUUUAUUGUUUAAAUACUGUAAUUUAUCCAGCAGAUGUUAUUAUCUCAGGUGUGGGCUCCAGUACCACAUGUUAAAAUCGAUAUGCCAGUAUAGGGACCACGUUCUUGAGCAGGAUAUGGCAUCAUGCCGUGACUCCCAGAAUGGGUACCCAGAACCCUGUAAUGUGAAAUAAUGAAGAACUUCAGAAUAAAUGCUUUGUAAGUCGUUUUUCUUUCAUGUCUUCGUUAACGCUGGAAUUUGGAGUAGAGUUUAAGAUGAAUAAAUGCAUUACAAAUUACAUGCAAAACACCAAGCAGUCAUUUCAAUAUUUUUAUUUAAC